AUGAGGCCAAGGCCUCUGCAAAACAAACAACAACAGAAGAAGAAGAAGCGCGGCGCUCUGCGCAUGCUCCGCAGCACCAGGAAGUGCAGCGGAAGUCCCCGGAUCAAAUUCAAAACAAAUGCAUCACCUUCAUCUAACACUUCCUCCUCUUGGACUGUGUCAGAUCAAAGAAGCCAAGGGUCCAUGGAGACUCCGGAGCCGGGCCCUGCGAAUGGGGAGGAGCAUGUGGUGGAGCUGCGUCCCAGGACUCGCUCAAAUCCCGAGGGAGCAGAAGACAGACGGGGCAGCACGGGCAGCCUGGGGGGCAGCAUAACCCAGCCCGCAGUGGGGAGUCGCGUGGAAGGGGAGGGGGAGGCGUCCACCAGCGACAGCCCGCCCGCCUCAGUGUCAGUCACCAUGGCUGCCCAGACGGGACCCCCCAGUGUGGCUGGGACCAGCGCUGCAGGGUCAGUGUCCAGUCCUAACGGUGCCACUGCUGCUGUGGUUAAGGAGCGGCCCAAACCCCCCCAGAGCAAGACCGCCCUGGGCCCUGUCCUCCCCCCCCCUGCAGAGCACCAGCUCAGGGUGCCCCGGGUCAACUGUCCAGAGAAAGUGAUUAUCUGCUUAGAUUUGUCGGAGGAGAUGUCCGUGCCAAAGCUGGAGUCCUUUAAUGGGGCCAAAACAAACGCCUUGAACAUUUCUCAGAAGAUGAUCGAAAUGUUUGUCCGGACAAAGCACAAGAUCGACAAGCGGCACGAGUUUGCUCUGGUGGUGGUGAACGACGACGCCUUGUGGCUGUCUGGCUUCACCUCAGACCCCAGAGAGCUGUGCAGCUGUCUGUACGACCUGGAGACCAACGUGUGCGAGGCCUUCAAUCUUGAAGAUCUGUGUAAUGUUAUUGGCCAAAAGAUGGAGUUGCCGCUGACGGAGAACGUGCAGACGGUCCCUCCGCCGUACGUGGUGCGCACGGUGCUGCUCUACAGCCGCCAGGCGGGAUCCCUGCUCUUCAGCCCCUCAGAGAGAGUCAGCAAGAUGCUUCAGUCUCCAUACUUCUUCUUUGACGUGGUUUACCUUCACAACGGCAUGGACGAGCAGGGAGACGAGAGCAGCUGGAGGGAGAACUUCGCCUCCUUCUGUGCCUUGGACUCCAAAGGCAUGUGCUAUCAUUACGAGGUGUCCUUGUGCGGAGCUGCCAUCGAGCUUCACAACUGCAUGGCCAAGUUGCUGUCCCACCCGCUGCAGAGGCCCUUUCAGAGCCACGCCUCCUACAGCCUACUGGAGGGGGACGAGCCGCAGGACCAGGAGGCCACGGUGUGA